AAACUCUUGUGUCAUUGACACUGUCAGGGGGGGGAGAGUAACAGUGAUCAGUCCUGGCAGUCUACUGAGAACAUUUGUCCACCAUGGAGGGCUCUGAUAAAACACAAAUGAAACAAACAGCGGAAACCAAGGAAGAUGUAAAAGCUUGUGAAGAGGCUUCUUCAGUUCAGAGCUCCACAGAAGACUAUGGCUCCUGUCUGAAGCGCACGAGGGGCUUCAUCCCGCCGGUGUACCGGAAUGAGCUCGUGCAACUUUUCAAACUAGCGGGACCAGUGGUCAUUUCCCAGUUGAUGGUUUUUAUGAUCAGUUUCGUCAGCACUGUGUUCUGUGGUCACCUGGGAAAAACCGAACUUGCAGGAGUAUCAUUAUCAAUUGCGGUUGUGAACGUCACAGGUAUUUCCAUUGGCACCGGCUUGUCACUAACUUGUGAUACCCUCAUAUCUCAGACGUAUGGGAGCGGUAACUUGAAGCGUGUUGGUGUGAUUCUCCAGAGGGGGAUUCUGAUUCUGUUAUUGGCCUGUUUCCCCUGCUGGGCCAUCCUCAUCAACACUGAACCCCUUCUACUUGCUGUCAAACAGAGCCCAGAGGUUGCCAGUCUCUCCCAACUGUAUGUGAAGAUCUUCAUGCCUGCACUGCCAGCCGCUUUUAUGUACCAGCUGCAAGGCAGGUAUCUUCAGAAUCAGGGAAUUAUAUGGCCUCAGGUUAUAACUGGAGCAAUUGGAAAUGUCUUCAACGCAAUUAUCAACUACGUCUUGCUCCACUGUCUGGAUAUGGGCGUUGCUGGAUCUGCAGCCGCCAAUGCCAUCUCUCAGUACCUGCUAGCUGUGGUCUUGUAUGUUUACAUCUGCUGGAGGGGCCUGCAUAAGGCCACAUGGGGAGGUUGGUCAAUGGACUGUCUGCAGGAAUGGGGACCCUUUGUCCAGCUGGCGAUCCCCAGUAUGCUCAUGCUGUGUCUUGAGUGGUGGAUGUUUGAAAUGGGAGGGUUUCUUGCAGGAGUGAUUAGUGAGGCCGAGCUUGGAGCUCAGUCCAUAGUUUAUGAGCUGGCUGUUAUAGCCUAUAUGUUCCCAUUGGGUUUCGCCGGUGCUGCCAGUGUUCGGGUUGGGAAUGCACUUGGAGCAGGAGAUGUAGAGCAGGCUAAGCUGUCCUCCAGAGUCCCCAUCAUCUGUACUUUCAUAAUCGCUUGUUUCAUUGGAGCUGGUCUCAGCAUCACCAGAAAUGUCAUCGGAUACAUUUUCACAUCAGAGCAAGACAUCAUACAGAGGGUCGCUGACGUCAUGAUCCUGUUUUGUUUCAUGCAUGUUUUUGAUGCAGUAGCGGGUGUGACUGGAGGUGUUCUCCGUGGUGUAGGGAAACAGCUAAUCGGUGCUCUGUGUAACCUGGUGGGAUACUACUUCAUCGGGUUUCCUAUCGGUGUGUCGCUCAUGUUUGCAGCAAAAAUGGGCAUUAUAGGUCUUUGGACGGGAUUUGUCGUUUGCGUGUUCAUGCAGUCCCUCUUCUUCGUCAUAUUAGUUUGCAAACUGGAUUGGAAGAAGGCUGCUGAAGAGGCUCUUGUGAGAGCAGGUGUGCAGGUCAAAGAAGAAAAAGAGAUGACUGGGAUUGAAAGUACAGACUCCAAUCACAACCAGGCUGAGGUCAGUACGACUGAAUCCAUCUAUGAGAAUGCUGAGGUGGACAACAAGGACGCCGAGGUGCAUAAUCCAGAGCAGAAAAAGUCCAUUACCACUACAGUUGGAGAUGUCCUGUCUAUAACACAACUCGUUUUACGCCGUGGUUUGGUAUUGCUUCUCAUGGUGGUCAUCCUGAUUGUUGGAGUGUUCGCCAGUGAAUUCCUCAUCAAGCUGCUGAAGUGAGUCUGUCAGAUAUUUAAAACUGGCAUUCAGAGUGGUUGGUUGUCUAUUAGGUGAACUUCAUGUUCCAUAAGAUAACAAUGACUCACCUUGUAGUGUGAGAUGAAUACACAGAGGAUAAAUGCCUGACUGCAGUUUAGUGCUGCAUUUAGAGACCAGAACACAUGUAAAUGACCUUAUAGCCCCUCUGGGACUGAGGGAUGAAUGGGUGAUAAGAAAGUUAGUUCAGGUUCAGUUAUAGUUUAAGAAUAUGGACUGGAAGUCACGCAAAAAAAUAACAAGUUUGAAAAAAGAGGAUUGUAGUGUGAUAACUAUGUUGCUCUCUUUCUGUCAAAGGAGGGUGUUUGUCUAAAUGAUAGCCACAACACAUUUUAUAAAAGCUCAAGAAUUAUCAUGAUUUUGUUCAAGUCAGCUCAUUGAUAGAUGACCAAUAUCACUAAUUUAAAAGAAGCACUAUUUCACUAAUUCAACUUAAAAGAAGAAAUGCUACAUGCUUGUCUCCGUUUGUGUUCACAAUUUAUUUCGUUUCUCAGGUGGAGUUAAAAAGGAGAAAAAUCCUCGAUGGGUCAAUUUAAGUGUACCAGUUUGAAAUGUUUACAUACUGUGGAUCUGAUUAGAAAAUACAAAGGUGAGAAACUUCAAUGUGAUUCUAUUUAUAGGUUUUAAAGUAGGAAGAGAGUGACAUGUCACACACAUUGGAGAGAGUUUUUGGAUCUUUGUACCCAGGGCCGAUUUUCAGCCCAGCCUGCUUAAAUUCACAUCCUCUCCCUGGAGAUAUAUCAUUUUAGGCUCACUAGUAUAUAAAUCAGGAUCACUACUCUCCUCAACCUUGUUAUUCAAAGUUGAUCAAAACAAAUGUUUCUGCACUAUUCUAGCUCUGCAGAAUUUCUGAAGCUGUAGCUUUAUAUAAGUAACCUAUGAAUAGCUGAAAUAUAAUGUACUAUGACAUUAUUUUGUCUUGUAAUGCACUUGUAAAAAUGGCAGACAAUAUGAAAUUGUUAAAAAAUAAUCCAGAAUGUAAUUAAUUUCUGUGAUAGAGUACAUGGUCAUGCAGUGAAGACAUUCCUGCACUCCUACUGAACGCGCACUCCUAAGAGUGCUGCACGGAAAUAAUUGCCAACUUUCAGACCUCAGAGAGCGCGUUUGUAAACUGAAAGCGUACAGAAACAGUUUGGUAAUCCAUGCCCACAGAACAUCAUUAUUUACUGUGGGUACAGUUUUCAAUUUUACUUUUUUUUCUGUCUUAACUGAGUCUUUGGGGUCUCGUGCAAAACAAACUAAACUCCCAUUUUGAAAAGUUUCACUUGGACUCAGUUAUUGCAACAAGACACAGCAAAACCAAGAGAGAGUAGAAAUACUUUGGCAGCAAGAAGCUGAACAAAAAAAGACAAUUUGAAGUUUUGUAUAAAAGACGAGACAUUGCAUUGCAGCAAAUUAAUUCAAAGAGAUUUAACAGCAGUUAACUUUUUUUUUCUCUCUCUGGUCACCUUGACAUGUGAGGGGUACAGAGUGAGAAAGACCAAUCACCUUCUAGUUUCUUUGUCUUUAAUGACGAUCAUUAAUAUAUCUGGAGGGCAGGCUUAGUGAGAAACACUACAAGUAUCCCCAGGCCACUCGUGUGCCUCACACUUUGAGAAGUACUGGUCUAUAUAGUCUAAUAGAAAUACUGCCUGAAACUACAGUAUGAGUGCUUUCAGCUGACUUCCAUGGCAACCUCAGCCACACAUCUCCAGCCUAUGAUUCACUUGUAUCUCCUCGCACAGUGUACAUACAUGUGGUACCAAAGAUAAUGAGAUCCGUGUUGCACAGUGUGGCUUGCAAUAAACUUGUAAUAUUGCAAAAAUUGCACUGUGUGUCUGUACACACUCAAGGGCAGAAGAACUCUGAGAUGACUCAUUUUUACUUGAGGUUUUUGGAGAAUUGUUGUAAACAAAUGAUUGUAUUAUUUAUACACAGGCAGUAUAAAUAUAUAGAUGUGCAAAUUAAUUGUUUUAAUAGUUCUUGUGUUUCCCAGCAACACAAUCACCACUCAUUUAUCUGACUCAGAUUAAUGAGCAGCAUAUUGCAGCUAAAUACCAAGGACAGUAACCAAUGUAUAAACACCAUUAAUACUAAUGAAUCAUGUCAACAAUAUACUGUAAUUACUUUUUAUAAUGAGUUUUCUCUUCAUUGUCAUCUCUCAUUGUAAAGAAAUAAAUGAUUAAUAAAAAUAUGUUGGCUUUA